AUGGCUGCAAACCAGCAAGCUGUUGCUGACCUCCUGAACCUCAGUCUAGAUCCCCGACAGAACAAACAAGCCGAAACCGCGUUAAAGCAACAAGAGACGCAGCCGGGCUUCUCCAUAAGUCUUCUCCACAUAGUCGCGAACAACUCCUUUCCCCUCACGACCAGGCUUGCAAGCGCGCUUUUCUUCAAGAACUUCAUCCGGAGGAACUGGACGGACGAAGAGGGCAACUACAAACUCCCGCAGGAUGAGGUGUUCGCCAUCAAACAAGAGCUGAUCGGCCUUAUGAUCGCCGUCCCUCCAGCGAUACAAUCACAGCUCGGAGAAGCAGUGAGCGUCAUCGCGGACAGCGACUUCUACGAGCGCUGGGACACCUUAGUGGACGACCUCGUGUCGCGGCUCACGCCGGACAAUGCUACGACCAACAACGGCGUGCUGCAGGUGGCACACUCGAUCUUCAGGCGUUGGCGGCCGCUCUUCCAGUCAGACGAGCUGUACACAGAGAUAAACCACGUCUUGAGCAAGUUCGCUCACCCAUUCCUCGCUCUUUGGGACAACACCGACAAUGCCAUCACACAGAACCAGAACAACAAGGGCGCGCUGCAGGAGUACUGCAAAACCUUGGAUCUCAUAGUAAAGCUCUUCUACGACUUGUCAUGUCAAGACCUGCCGCCGGCUUUCGAAGAGAAUCUGCCAGCCGUCGUCGGCCUGCUACACAAAUACCUCGUUUACGAUAAUCCACUAUUGCACACAGAUGAUGACGACGAGGCGGGCGUUCUGGAGGACUUGAAAGCAGACAUCUUCGAUGCACUGAUACUCUACGUGCAAAAGUAUGAGGACGCGUUCGGAGGUUACCUGACGCAAUUCAUCAGCAGUUCGUGGAGUCUCCUGACGGCAGUCGGGCCAGAAACCAAAUAUGACAUCCUGGUCAGCAAAGCUUUGCAGUUCCUCACCUCUGUCACAAAAUCGCCGCAGCAUGCGCAGAACUUCAAUGAUCAAGGCACACUUGGUCAAGUCGUUGAGAAGGUCAUCCUGCCAAACCUUGCGCUUCGGGAGUCGGACAUUGAGCUCUUCAAUGACGAACCAAUCGAGUUCAUCAGGCGGGAUCUGGAAGGGUCAGACAGCGACACACGACGACGUGCAGCCACCGACUUCUUGCGCCAACUCAUGGAGCAGUUCGAGAAGUUGGUCACCGAGGUCGUCUCAACAUACAUGAAUCGCUAUCUAGAAGACUACGCCAAGGAUCGGGAGAGUGGCUGGAGGUCAAAGGAUACUGCAGUCUACCUGUUCUCUGCGAUAGCAGUCAAAGGCACCGUCACCAGCCAAGGCGUAAAGAGCGUCAACAGCUACACGGAUAUUCUUGAUUUCUUUCAGAAGAACAUAGCACAGGAUCUUACCGCGGAAGACACUCACCCGAUCCUCCAAGUCGACGCAAUUAAAUACCUCUACACUUUCCGAGCGCAGCUAACACAGCAAUACUGGCAAGCAGCGUUCCCGCUCCUAGUCAGACACCUCGGUUCUUCCGAGUAUGUCGUGUACACUUAUGCUGCUAUCGCGGUCGAGCGCGCCUUAUCCCUCACCAAUGAACAAAAGAAGCCGAUCAUCCCUCACAACGAUGUCGUCGCGCUUUCGAAGGACCUCCUGCAGCAUCUUUUCCUUCUCAUCCAGAAGGAUUCUGCCUCCCAAAAAAUCCAGGAAAAUGAAUUUCUGAUGAGAUGCGUCAUGCGCGUUUUGAUCGUGAUCAAGGAUGGCGUGGUACCAAUCACGGACAUGGUUCUUCGCAACUUUGUUAAUAUUACUAAAGUCAUACGGCAUAACCCCAGCAACCCUCGAUUCUACUACUACCACUUCGAAGGCAUCGGCGCGCUCGUACGGUACGCUGCACCGGCGCAGCCGGAAAAGCUCGAGACAGCGCUCUACGACCCGUUUGCUGCAGUCCUCGCAGAAGACGUCCAAGAGUUCUCACCCUACGUCUUCCAGCUUUUCGCCGCACUUCUGGAAGCUAACCCAUCCGGCACCCUGUCUGAAUACUAUCUCUCGCUCAUCCCACCAAUCCUCAUGCCCACCAUCUGGGAACUCAAGGGCAACGUCCCAGCACUGGUGCGGCUUCUCACAGCCAUGCUUCCCCGCGGCGCCGACAGCAUAGUCAAGAACGACCAAGUCGAGCCCCUGCUCGGCAUAUUCCAGAACCUGAUCUCGAAGAAGACGACUGAAAGCCACGGCUUCGACCUCAUUGAGGCGAUCAUAGCCUCAAUACCGGCGGCAAUGCUCCAGAAUUACUUUGUGCCUAUACUUCAAAUCAUGCUCACCCGUCUCUCCAACUCCAAAACCGAGAAUUUCUCCCUACGCUUCACCCGCUUCUACCACUUCAUCUCGGCGCGCGACGACAAGGGUUUGGGCGCGGAUUUCUUCAUCAGCGCCACGGACCAGAUACAAAACGACGUCUUCCGCCCACUAUAUCCCUCCAUAAUCCUCCCAGACACCCAAAAGCUGACCCGCCCCACCGACCGCAAAACCGCCGUCGUCUCCCUCACCAAAACCCUCGCCGACUCCCAAGCCUUCGUGACGCGCUACCAAAGAGGCUGGGCGCGCACCUGCGAGGCCUUGCUGCAGCUCCUGACGAACCCACCCGCGCCGUCCGUGGCCGCCGACGACGUGAUCGUCGAAGCGGACAUCGAUGAGGUCGGCUUCGGCGUCGGCUUCACGCAGCUCACGACGUGUAAGCAGGCGCCCCGGGAUCCGUUUCCGGAGAUUGGGGACGUGAAGGGCUGGGUUGGGAGGUAUUUGAAGGAGGCGGAUGGGAGGACGGGCGGGAGGAUUGGGGCGCUGGUUGGGGAGAGGCUGAGUGAGGAGGCGCGAAGGGCGUUGGUGGAUUAUAUGAGUUGA